AUGACUGUCCAAAACGUCGGUAUCAAAGCAAUCCAAUUCUACGUCCCAGGCCAAUAUGUCAACCAGACCGAGCUAGAAACCUUUGAUGGUGUGUCUGCCGGUAAGUAUACCAUCGGGUUGGGUCAGACCAACAUGGCUUUUGUCAACGAUAGAGAGGAUAUCUAUUCUAUGUCUUUGACCGUGUUGAAGAACUUGAUCGACAACUACAACAUCGACGUCAACUCCAUUGGUAGAUUGGAGGUCGGUACCGAAACCUUGUUGGACAAGUCCAAGUCCGUCAAGUCUGUCUUGAUGCAAUUGUUUGGCGAAAACACAGACGUUGAAGGUAUAGAUAACGUCAAUGCCUGUUACGGUGGUACUUCCGCCGUCAUCAACUGUGUCAACUGGGUCCAAUCGGACUCCUGGGAUGGCAGAGAUGCAAUCGUCGUCUGUGGUGAUAUCGCCAUCUACGAAAAAGGUGCAGCAAGACCAACCGGCGGUGCAGGUACGGUGGCAAUCUUGAUCGGGCCAGACGCUCCAAUUGUUUUCGACCCUGUCAGAGGAAGUUAUAUGGAACACGCUUACGACUUCUACAAACCUGACUUUACCUCCGAGUAUCCUGUUGUUGAUGGUCACUUCUCCUUGUCUUGUUACGUCAAGGCCGUCGACUUCUGUUACAAGGCAUAUUCAAAGAAGGCGAUUGCCAAGGGUCUGAGUAACUCUUCCACUGAAACAGUUGGCAUCGACUACUUCGACUUCAAUGCUUUCCACGUCCCAACCUGUAAAUUGGUUGCCAAAUCUUAUGCUAGAUUAUUGUACAAUGAUUACAAGCAAGACCCAUCUAAGUUCCCAGAUAUCGACUCAACUAAGCUCUCGAGCCUGGACUAUGAAACCUCCUUGGUCGACAAAACCGUUGAAAAGACCUUCAUGCCUCUGUCCAAGGAAAGAUUUAACAAAACCGUCAAGUCUUCUUUGGAAUUACCAACAAAUGUCGGUAACAUGUACACUGGUUCCGUAUGGGGUUCCCUAUGUUCUUUACUUUCAAUCAUUGGCAGUGAAGAAUUACAAAAUAAAAGAAUCGGUCUUUUCUCCUACGGUUCCGGUUUGGCUGCUACUAUGCUGUCCGUUAAGGUCGUUUCAGACAUCAGCCCAAUAGUUUCCAAAUUAGAUGUUAAGCAACGUUUGGAUUCAAGAGAACACAAAUCUCCAACUGAAUACGAAGCUGCCAUCGCUUUGAGAGAAAAAGCACAUUUACAAAAAUCUUUCAAGCCUGAAGGUAGCACCGAUUACAUUCCAAAAGGAAGUUUCUACUUAGUCGAAAUCGAUGACAAGUACAGAAGAUUCUACGAAAUCAAAAACUAA